AUGGACUUCAGUGAGCAGCGCGGAGACCCACCAGAAUCCGCACUGAUCUCAAGCAUCAUACCACGUUACUGCCCAGCUGAAGGAACGAGACAACCCACAGGACGUCAAGACAGAAACGAACUGGCGGAGGUUGUUGCUCUUCUGAAAACACAGAUCGACCCCGCGCUGUUAAAAAGAGACGAGGAAAUUAAAGCUGCAGCUGAAGAGGGGAAAGAGAAAACGGACGGUGAAGUCAAAAAGAUCGAGGGCUCUUCAGAUGAAGAUAUCAAAGACAAGGCUGCCGGUCAAGUCUCACCGAAGACAGAGAAUAAUGAGAAAGAGACAGAGAAUAAUGAGAAAGAGACAGAGAAUAAAGAGAAAGAGACAGAGAAUAAAGAGAAAGAGACCGAGAAUAAAGAGAAAGAGACAGAGAAUAAUGAGAAAGAGACAGAGACCGAGAAUAAAGAGAAAGCAAAAGAGGAAGACGACUUUAAAUCAGAAACGUCUCUGAAUGGCGUCAUCGAAGAAAAACCUGAAGCUGAGUUAAAUUCAGAAAAGCCCGCCUCGGAUCUCAGCGUCAUUAAAAAAGUCCAGAAUAUCAAAGAGGAACCGAUGGAGGUGUCGGACACGAAACCAAGCAACACGGCAACAAGUGAACCGGCCUCUGAGGUGUCUCGUUUAUCAGUGAAGGCAGAGAAAGGAGACGAGGCGAAGAAAACAGAGGAGAUUCAACAAGCUCUGAAGAACGACCAACAGGCUAAAAUCCCCCUGAAGAAAAGGGGAAUGAAGUUUAGCGAAGACUUUGAGAAACAUAGUGGGAUCAUAGUUCAAAACCCGUCUGUUUCUCAGCUCAAAGAAGCUCCCAAAGCCGACUCGACUCUCGAUCAGAGCAAGAAAGCGCAGAGUGUAAACGAUCACGUUAAUGGAGAAGUUGCGUCAGCGAAAAGCCAUUUGAGCGAGUCGCUAAAAGACGCCGCUUCCUGCUCUAAUCAUAAAAUGCAGGAACCAAUAAAAGCUACAUCGGCUACAAAAGACUCAUGUACAGAAGAAAAAGCGUUGAAAGAAACUGAUAAAACAUUAGCGACUGGUGAGUCAGAGAAAGACGCGUUGAAAGAAGUGAAAUCAAAAGAUUUGGAGGAAAGAACAGCCAGUGUUGACGCAUCAAAGUCAAGUAAGGCUGAGGAAACCAAGACGAAGCAAACGGAAAGGAGUGAGGAUAAAGAAAAGGCCACUUGUGAAGCUGAUGUUGAGAAAUCGGAUAAAUCAGCGGAGAAAGAAAAGCAAGGAGUCAUUAAAACAUCAGACAAAGAUCAUGCAAAGAAAUCAGCUGAAUCGGAAAAGGCUGCAUCAACUUCGGUUGUGAAAAGUACAGAAAAACUAAAAGAAAGUGAUAAUGCGGAGAGUAAAGAAGCCACAACAAGUCUUAAAAAGGCAGAAAUCAGUGACAAAUCAGAUUCUGUGGAGUCUCUUGUUAUUAAAAAGCUUGACAAAUCGUGUACACUUGGCGAAAAGCAAGAUCAAGACAAGAAGCAACAGAAAGCCUCUGAGACUGACACGGAAAAGCCUGAAGACGUGAAGAAAGCUGUCAACUGUGAAGACGUUCCGAUGCACGAUGUCUCCAAGAUAAGCGAGUCCGUGGAGGUGGAAGCAGUGGCCGUAAAACCCGAUGUGACAAAGCCUCAGGAGGACGACAAAACUGAGAUUAACUCUGUUGCAUCUAAGGAGAAGAAAGGGGACACGUCUGAUGGGAAAGAUAAACCGUGCAGUGAGAAGAUUAACGUCCCUAAAGAAACUGAGAGAAAGGAUAAGGGAGAGAUGUCUGAAGAACAGGCUAAGAAAAUGGAGGCGGAGUUUCCGUCAUCGGGAAGUAAAAAGGAUGCAGACUUGGAAAAGAGAAAGGACACAGAGAUUAAAAAUAAAAAGGACACAGAUUUGGAAAAGAUGACGGAAUCGGCACAGAAAAAGGACACAGACAAAGAAAUGAAAAUAGACACAGAUAUGGAAAAUAGAAAGGAAACUGGAAAGCAAAAAGACACCAAGGCCGAAAAUAAAAAGGACACAGACUUGGAAAAGAGAAAGGAGAUUGACACAGACAAGAAAAAGGACACAGACUUGGAAAAGAGAAAGGACGCAGACUUGGAAAAGCAAAAGGAGAUAGAAUCCGCAAAGAAAAAGGACACAGACUUGGAAAAAAGAAAGGAUACAGACUUGGAAAAGAGAAAGGAGACUGACUUGGAAAAGAGAAAGGAUACAGACUUGGAAAAGAGAAAGGAGACUGACUUGGAAAAGAGAAAGGAUACAGACUUGGAAAAGAGAAAGAAGACUGACUUGGAAAAGAGAAAGGAUACAGACUUGGAAAAGAAAAAGGACACAGACAAGAAAAAGGACACAGACUUAGGAAAGAGAAAGGAGACAGACUUGGAAAAGAGAAAGGACACAGACUUAGGAAAGAGAAAGGAUACAGACUUGGAAAAGAGAAAGGACACAGACUUGGAAAAGAAAAAGGACACAGACUUGGAAAAGAAAAAGGACACAGACUUGGAAAAGAAAAAGGACACAGACUUGGAAAAGAAAAAGGACACAGACUUGGAAAAGAGAAAGGACACAGACUUGGAAAAGAGAAAGGACACAGAUUUGGAAAAGGACACAGACUUGGAAAAGAGAAAGGACACAGACUUGGAAAAGAGAAAGGACACAGACUCGGAAAAGGACACAGAUUUGGAAAAG